AUGGCGGCGGCAAAGCAGCUAAACUUUCAGGUGAUGCGAAUCAAUCACAAGGAAAAGGUCACCGAGGCCUUGGAGUCAAUGUUCAUCGACGAGGCGCUCACUGAUGUUACCAUCUGCUGCUGUGGCCAACAGGUGAAGGCGCAUCGGGUCAUUCUGGCAGCCAGCUCUAACUACUUCAAGGAGAUCUUUGCCGCGACACUGCCCGGCCAGUACCCGAUUGUCUUCAUCAAGUCAGUAUCCAUCGAAGAUCUUAAUGCCAUUCUCGAGUUUAUCUACAAAGGCGAGGUGACGGUGCCUCGCGAUCAGAUGGAGUCGCUCGUCAGCUCGGCCGAGUGCUUGGGCGUACUGGGAUUGGGCAAUAUGGACCUGGAUGAAUGUCCGAACCUCAAACACGGGCGACCAAUCCGACCCGAGCUGCAGCAGAAUGCGCUGGUCAAUGGAUCAUCAGCAGCCUCCAGUCCGAGUCGAAGUGAUGUCAAUUGUAAUGAAGGACCAAAGAAUGACGACAAUAAGGCGGGCAUUUCGACGAUGCCAAAGAAGCGAGGCAAAAAGAGGAAAAUCGGCACUGCCGAAGAGGAGCAAAACCAAAAGGAGGCAAAAGCAUCUAGCUCCAAAAAGACCAAUGGUCAUAGUAACGGCGACGGUGUCCACUCUUCAUCUCCACAGUCGACGUCCUCGUCUUCGAGCGCUUCGCAAUCGACACGGAAGAGUGCGCAAUCACAGGCGUCCACUUCUUCUAUCGCUAAUGGCCACCAUAAGGUGGCGUCAGUCUCCUCAAAGCGAACUGGUGGACCUCUCUCUGAGCCGAUGGACGACGCCGAAGAUGAGGCCACCGACGAGGAGAAUAUCAAAGAGGAAGCCUCCGAAUCUUCAUCUUCCACUCAGCCUCGUAAGAACACAAUGACGCUGAAAAUGAAGUCAAAGCGCAUGAACGGCUACCGUACUCGUGGUGAGGUGCAGGAGCAGCAGCUUCCGCACAGUCGAAACAGUACGCCCAGCAUUGACAGUGACGUUGAGGUGGAGAUAUCUGGUCAGUAUGGCUCCUCCUCAAAGGGGGAUGAGCAGCACCGAACUAGCAACGGAUCACUGGACCUUAGUCGCAAGUCGGCCACAACUGGCUCCAAAUUGGCCGGCGAAACUGACGGGCGACAGAGCCGAGAGAGCACUCCUGUGGUGGCUUCCAGCAAGGACCCUUCGACAUCUUCGUCCUCGUCCACUCCUGGUUCAGUGAAAACUAUCGUCACCAAGUCCAAGCUGCGCAGCUGGUCGCAGCAGAUUAGUCAGUCGGCAGGACCGGUGGGUGAGCAGACCCCACUCACUACGACCUCGCCCGGUCCUAAAGGCCUUUCUGGACUGUCAAAGUCAGUUCCUCAGAUAAAUCUGGCCGCUAUCAAGAACGAGAUCAACGAACAGCUGGCGGCCGCUUCAGGUUCAAGCUCUCCUUCCACUCCGAAUGGCCCUUCACCGAAUGUCUUCAGUGCCAAGGCCAUGACUUCGACGACUCCGGUUGAUGAGGAGAAGCCCGUGAUCACCCUGCCUCCUCACAUCAAGAUGGAAGCUCGCCCGAGAGGACGUCCGAGAAAGGCAAUCACCGAAAAGGCGGCCAUUGUGCCCCGGCCUCUGAAUCCUCUGUUGGGUCUGGCGAGAAGCUCACUUGCCGCAAAGGUGGCCAAGGCGGCUGCUAGCGCCUCUGCUUCAAAGGAGUCCAGUGCUGAACCUGCUUCAGUCGAUCGCCCGUCACCGAUUUCCACUCCUUCAACUCCUGCUUCAACAGCAACAACUACUUCUGCUCCUGCCACUCCUGUGCCGGCUAGUUCGGCAUCAGUCUCUGACAGCGCCACUUCGUCGCCUUCCAGUGAGGUGGCCAACGAGGCAAAGUGCACUUCAGAGAGCACACCGACAGUUCCCGUGAUGCGCGUCAGUCGCAUCAGUCCAUCUUCUUCGCACACGGUCACUAUCGUCAACGGCAGCGGGGACAUUGUCUCUACGGUGACAGCUGGAGGUGGUGGCGGCACUGGCAGUUCAACCGCCCACACCUCAUCGCCCCAUUCACCGGCGCUCUCCUCGGCCAGCUCCUCGUCUUCAGCCCAUGACCUGUACGUAGAGCAGACUCCUCCGCUGAUGACCACUGCCGGCGGCAGCAGUACCAGUGCUAACAGCAGCAGCUCAGCACCGGUGGUAAAGAAGCGCCGCGGUCGACCACCGUCGAUUGCUCCACUGGCCAACUUGAAACACCUCAGCAUUCAGCCCAAACAGGAGCCGCGAGUGCCUAGUUUGACGCUGAAGAUACCCAACAAGUUUGCCAGCAUCUUUAAGUCUAACCUAAAUGCAGGUGUUGUCAUAAUUACUAAACCUACAUUCGAACCCAUUAAAGAAAGAAAGAAAUGCGUCUGUUAG